GUACCAACAUUUCUAGUGGGUAUAUGUUCCAACAUUUCUAGUGGGUAUAUGUACCAACAUUUCUAGUGGGUAUAUGUACCAACAUUUCUAGUGGGUAUAUGUACCAACAUUUUUAAAUCCUGUGGGCACGCUGGAACAGAUCUCAAUUGUUUGGAAAACUGCCGAAAUAUUAAUUUAUCUAAAGCUUUAGUAACGCUUUAAGCCAUAGAACAUCAAUUUUUCGAACGUAAAUAUGUAAAACUGAGAUCUGAUCUUUUGUCAGCAGAUUUAUAUCACUGGUUUCCAGAGUUUUGCACACACAUUGGCUCAUUCUAAGACAACAAAUAAAAAUGUUGUCAAACGAUCAAUCUGUGAGAGUGCAGCUUUAAGAAAAUGUACUUACGGACCUUAAAUACACAGGCAUGAUUUAUUUUUGUCGGGUAUGCGUAAGUAGCUCGGUCUCCAUAUUGGUCGCAAUUUCAAUCUGGAAUUAACAUUCUUCAAGUUAUUUCAACUAUUAACCUUUAUGUCUCGCUAUCUUAUGUUGCCAAGUUUGUCAUGAUUAGUUUUUCCAAACCUUACUGGUACCCCGCAACACUAUAUAUUGUACGUUCUCCAUCGUAGUGCUGUUUCCGGAGAUAUCUAUGGUGAACAAGUUCUUCAACUUUAGCUUCGUACCUGAAGAGAGCCGCCAGUUUUUCAGGUCCGCCUCCCGGGCCCUCAUAGAGAAUAGGAGGAGCGAGAAACACCCAGAGAGUUGACGGACGAGGACAUUAUCGGCAACUCGAACGUCUUUAUGAUCGCAGGGUUCGACACGAUUGCAAGUACUCUCUCCUGGCUGGUGUACGACCUGGUCACACACCCCGACAUACAGGACAGGCUUAUUGCCGAGAUUGACGAAAAACUAGCAGGUGAGGAGCCGAACUACGACAAAGUGUUUGGGAUGUCGUACCUCGACAUGAUUGUCAGUGAGACGCUGAGGAUGCACCCAGUCGCGCCCAAAUUAAUCCGGCAGGGCUCACAGCCAAUGGAGAUAUGUGGGGUGCGCAUACCGGAAGGGAUCGAGAUCCACAUCCCGGUGACGACCCUCCACUUCAUGCCCGAGUACUGGGAACAACCGGAAGUCUACAACCCGGAACGGUUUUCGCCGGAAAACAAGGCUAAAAUUGAGCCAUACGCGUAUCUUCCCUUCGGCCAGGGACCCCGGAAUUGUAUCGGCAUGCGGCUGGCGCUCCUCGAGCUCAAAAUGACCGCUGCCUUCCUCCUCCAGAGGUUCCGCUUCCGGCGCGCGCCCGGACUCAAGGUGCCGAUGCCUAUCGAGACAUUGUUUGUGGUGCGGCCUGGGGCACCGGUGCUCGUUACCGUGGAAACCAGGAACCGGACUUCGCAAUGACACUAACAGGGGCAGGGGAAAGGGGCUGUUGUAGUGAAAUUCGUGGAAUAGGCUUACAAUGGAAUGUUAGAAUCAAUUGUAUUUAAAAAAUGUAAAAACAUUUGGUUACAGCGGGGCGGCGUCGAAGACAAAAAAUCUACAUGAUUUGUGUGUACUUCUUUUUUAGUAUAAUUAUACAAUUUAUACUCGUAUAUACAUAUAUAAUUAUAUAUAUACAUAUGUGACCCUUUCUCUAUGUGCCAUAACGAACGGAACUUAUGUUACUGAGUUUACUUUUAUUUAAAUGACACACCUAUUUUCUCCCUUUAUGAAUUAAUCCAAAUUGUAUGUGCAUAUUAAUAUAUAUAGAUAAUCAGAAAAGGCGUUUUCUUGUGUUUUAAAGGGGCUGUACUCCGUAUGAUGAAAUAGCGAAAAAAAGAGAAAAUUGUCGAAAACUGAUAUAAAAUUGGUAUCGAUGUGUGCAAUGCAUUAAAACUUACUAACUGACGUACCACAUAGUUUACAAUUAAUUUAUUUUUCGCAGUUUUUUCGUAUUUUUCCAUUUUUUUUUACUAGGCAUGUCUACCUAGUUGAAAUCAUUCCUUAUGGAUUUAGGUAUUUAGCUUAAAUAUUCCAACUGUUUAGGGUAAGCCUUCGUAGCACAGUGGAUACGACUCCGACUCAAUUGUUUUUUUUACAUUUUGGUAUUUUUUUUGCAAUUAUGAUAUCAAAGAGUAAAUCAUUUUAUUAAAUAAUUGUCCUGAGAUUCGUUACAGAAAAAAACUUUUGUUGGUGCCCUUCUGGUGUACAGUCCCUUUAAAUUGUGUUUUCAAUGAACUAUAUUUGUUUAUCUAUUUAUUAAAAAACAGCAUUUAUUAUAGUGAUGCACAAUGAA